GAACAAAGAGAGCAGGCGAUCGCUCCCUGCUUGUGUCUGGAAACGGGCUCAGCUUGUCAAAGGACAAGUCAUAUUUUCGGGAAAAUAUGAUAUUUACUCUACUUCAUCGUGGGACCAUCCCUUGAACAGAAAAAAUAAUCAAGUUCUCAGUUCAAAGUUUCCAUGUUCCUGAUGUUAUCCCAAAAAUAUGGAAAUGAUCAUUUGAGAAAGAGUUGGGGCAAAGAUGCUGUGGCUUCAAAGUUGGACCUUGCAUUUCACAAAUUAUUCAAAACCACUUCAAAGGAUGUUGUGUGAAGCCAGUGCUAAACUACCAGUGUUAACGUUGUUCACCAAGCAUCCCUGUCCUUUAUGCGAAGAAGCCAAAAUGAUGCUUGAACCAUAUAAACACAAGUUUACUUUGGAGGAAAUAGAUAUAACUCUACCUAAUCAUUCAAUCUGGCUUGAAAAAUACAAGUACGAAAUACCUGUCUUUCAUCUGAAUGGGAAAUUCUUAAUGAAGCAUCGGGUAGAUGUACCAAAAUUAGAAAAGCAGCUUUUGAAUUUAGAAUUACAAGAUGAAAGAAACAAAUGAAUAAAAAUGAGGAUAUUUAACUGCAAA